CGCUAGCAUCAUCAUUUCAUCUCUAUCCAAACCUUCAUCUCCUCGAGCUAGUCCUCAUUAAUUAUCUCUCUACAGCUAGCCGCUGCAAUUUGCAACGAAGAUUAGCCAUGGUUGCUCACACAGGCAGCCGUCGUUGCAACUCUUCAACGACAUCGUCGACGGCAAGGCCAAGAACGAGGCCACCGACGUCCUCCGCCGCCGCCGCCAUGGCUUCCAAAAGGCCUUCGCCGCCGACGAACGGCAAGGCGAGGCAGGCCAUCAGCAGGCGACGCGAUACGGAGGUGGUCAGCAGGAAGAUGGAGGCGCUGAGGCGCCUCGUGCCGAGCGGCGGCGGCGACGAGGCCAACGAGCUGAGCUCGAUCCUCCUCCGCGCCGCCGGCUACAUCGCGCGGCUGCAGGCGCAGGUGACGGUCAUGCAGCUCAUGGUCGACGUGCUGGAGCACACCGAGGAUUAAUCAUCCCAUCCCAUCCCCUCUUGUUGAAUUGAUCAUCGGUCUGGAAUUCUGGAUGCAUGAUCGAUUAGGUUCUUGAGACACAUACAUGUACACACCAACAACAAUCGUAUACAAAUGAUGAUGUAUUCUUCUGUAACGGAUCGGACCUCCGUUCAUGUGCUUCUUCGGUUUUGUUUGAUGAGAUUUGCUUAGGGAGUAGAUUUUUGUGGUCAUUUUGGAACCGCGUAGGACCGGUUGGAUUUUAUACGGGCAGAGGAUUGGGAUUCGUUCGUUUUUUGUGCAUAUGCAUGUACGCCAUAUUGUUCGACACUUGUGUUACGGUUGCAGACAAACAGGUACUCCAACUUGAA